AUGAGGCCGCUGCCGGGCGCUUAUGGCGUGGCGGCGGCCGCCGCGCUGUUGCUGCUGCUGCUGCCCCGAGCCCAGGCGGACGAGCACGAGCACACGUAUCAAGAUAAAGAAGAGGUUGUCUUAUGGAUGAAUACUGUUGGGCCCUACCAUAAUCGACAAGAGACAUAUAAAUACUUUUCACUUCCAUUCUGUGUGGGGUCAAAAAAAAGUAUUAGUCAUUAUCAUGAAACUUUGGGAGAAGCACUUCAAGGUGUUGAAUUGGAGUUUAGUGGUCUGAAUAUUAAAUUCAAAGAUGAUGUGAUGCCAGCCACUUACUGUGAAAUUGACUUAGAUAAAGAGAAGAGAGAUGCCUUUGUGUAUGCUAUAAAAAAUCACUACUGGUACCAGAUGUAUAUAGAUGACUUACCAAUAUGGGGUAUUGUUGGUGAAGCAGAUGAAAAUGGAGAAGAUUACUAUCUCUGGACCUACAAAAAACUUGAAAUAGGCUUUAAUGGAAAUCGAAUUGUUGAUGUUAAUCUAACUAGUGAAGGAAAGGUGAAACUGGUUCCAAAUACCAAAAUCCAGAUGUCAUAUUCAGUAAAAUGGAAAAAGUCAGAUGUAAAAUUUGAAGACCGAUUUGACAAAUAUCUGGAUCCAUCUUUUUUUCAACACAGGAUUCAUUGGUUUUCCAUUUUCAACUCCUUUAUGAUGGUUAUCUUCCUGGUGGGCUUAGUUUCCAUGAUUUUAAUGAGAACUUUGAGAAAAGAUUAUGCCCGGUACAGUAAAGAAGAAGAAAUGGAUGACAUGGAUAGAGACCUAGGAGAUGAGUAUGGAUGGAAGCAGGUGCAUGGAGAUGUAUUUAGACCGUCAAGUCACCCACUGAUAUUUUCCUCUCUCAUCGGUUCUGGAUGUCAGAUAUUUGCUGUGUCUCUCAUUGUUAUUAUUGUUGCAAUGAUAGAAGAUUUAUAUACAGAGAGGGGAUCCAUGCUCAGUACAGCUAUAUUUGUUUAUGCCGCUACAUCUCCAGUGAAUGGUUAUUUUGGAGGAAGUCUUUAUGCUAGACAAGGAGGAAGGAGAUGGAUAAAACAGAUGUUUAUUGGAGCAUUCCUGAUCCCAGCAAUGGUGUGUGGCACUGCCUUCUUCAUUAAUUUUAUAGCCAUUUAUUACCAUGCUUCAAGAGCCAUUCCUUUUGGAACAAUGGUGGCUGUUUGUUGCAUCUGUUUUUUUGUUAUUCUGCCUCUGAAUCUUGUUGGUACAAUACUUGGCCGGAAUCUGUCAGGUCAGCCCAACUUCCCUUGUCGUGUCAAUGCUGUGCCUCGUCCUAUCCCGGAGAAAAAAUGGUUCAUGGAGCCUGCAGUUAUUGUUUGCCUGGGAGGAAUUUUACCUUUUGGCUCAAUUUUUAUUGAAAUGUAUUUCAUCUUCACAUCUUUCUGGGCAUAUAAGAUCUACUAUGUCUAUGGCUUUAUGAUGCUGGUGCUGGUCAUCCUGUGCAUUGUGACCGUCUGUGUGACCAUUGUGUGCACAUACUUUCUACUCAAUGCAGAGGAUUACAGGUGGCAAUGGACAAGUUUUCUCUCUGCUGCAUCAACUGCAAUCUAUGUUUACAUGUAUUCCUUUUACUACUAUUUUUUCAAAACAAAGAUGUAUGGCUUAUUUCAAACAUCAUUUUACUUUGGAUAUAUGGCGGUAUUUAGCACAGCCUUGGGGAUAAUGUGUGGAGCGAUUGGUUACAUGGGAACAAGUGCCUUUGUCCGAAAAAUCUAUACUAAUGUGAAAAUUGACUAGAGACCCAAGAAAACCUGGAACUUCGGAUCAAUUUUUCUUUCAUUGGGGUGGACCUUGCACAGCAGAAAAAGCGCAAGAAGAGAUUUGGGCUUUAACACUGGGUACUUUGUGGGUCUCUGUUUCGCAGAUGGCUUAAAGUAACAUCUAUUUCCAUUGAUCCUAGGUUCUUACUGACUGCUUUCUUCAACUGUUCACAGCAAAUGCUUGGAUUUUAUGCAGUAGGCAUUACUACAGUACAUGGCUAAUCUUCCCAAAAACUAGCUCAUUAAAGAUGAAAUAGACCAGCUCUCUUCAGUGAAGAGGACAAAUAGUUUAUUUAAAGCAUUUGUUCCAAUAAAAUAAAUAGAGGGAAACUUGGAUGCUAAGAUUACAUGAAUAGAGAUCUUCCUGGCGCACUUAGUGUUGUUUCUACGUUAUUGAAAAAUGAUGUUCCAGAAAGAUUACGUAUUUCUCUUAUUUUUACUGCCAUCAUCAACCUAUUGUGGGACAUUUUUAUAUAUUGAAUCUGGGUUCUUUUGACCUUUUUCUUUCAAUUCAACUGCAUCCUUUUUUUAAAGAGAGAAUUAAAAAAAAUAAUUCCUGCAUGUAAUAUAUCUGCUGUCAUCUUAGUUGGACUAGCUUCCCAUUUAUUUAUCUAAAAGUGUACAGUUACAUCUUAAUUCCAUCCAAAGAAGAUACAGUCUGAAGAUAGAGGUGUACUCUCUACAAUACAACUUACUGUACAGUUAGAAAGCAAAGUGUUAAAUGGAGAAGAUAUUUGUUUUUAUUAAACAUUUUGAGAUUUAGAUAAAACAACAUUUUAACUGAACUGUCUAAAGUGAUUAUCUUUCUUCCCCCUACCCCCAAGUUAGUCUUCCAUCUUUUUUUGGGUUUGAAUGAAGGCUUUAUAUAAAAAAUUAUUAAAACCAUGAAGGGUGGGUAAUACGUGUAUAUAACAUUAAAUAAUGUAACGUAGGUGUAGAUUCCCAAAUGCUUUUGGAUGUACAGAUUGACUUCAGAGUUCUUUUUCUGAUGAUGAUUGGUGUAGAAAUGUGUGAAUUUGGAUGGCUUUUUCCAUCUUGCCUACCAUUGCAUGAAACAUUGGGAUUUCUUCAAAAUGUGUGUGUCAUGCUUAUUUUGGGAUGGGAGAAUUGUUUCUUCUGUUUCUUUUCUGAGACUCCUACGGGAGCUAAAUUUGUAAUUUAGAAACAUUUAAUGUUAAUCCUGUCUGGGACACUUAAGUAACGUCUAAAGCAUUCCUGCUUUAGGAUGUUAAAAUAAAAUUUCCUGACCAAA